AUGUCAGCAGAUGAUCCUGGAACCUCCAUCCUGAAGUCCCUCAACGAUGCCCAGCGCCGCGCCGUCACGUCCAAUGCGGCCACAGUCGCCAUAUUGGCCGGCCCGGGGAGCGGCAAAACUCACACGCUCACGUCCCGUGUUGUGUGGCUCAUUCGGCAAGGAGGCCUCCAGCCGUCUGAUAUCAUCGUCGCGACAUUCACCGUCAAAGCAGCUCGGGAAAUGAAGGCUCGUAUCGGCAAAGCAUUGGGUCAGGAAGCGGAGAAGAAAAUCGUCCUCGGGACCUUUCACUCCAUCGCGCGGCGUUACCUAUCCAAGUACGGAACACGCGUCGGUCUCGACCCCAAGUUUGGCAUCGCCGACGAUGGCGACUCCAAGGCUAUCAUUCAGCGGAUAUGCAAGCGGCUGGAUCUCAAAGUCGAACCUUUCGCUGCGAAGGCUUGGAUAAGCAAGCGAAAGGCCAAGGGCUCAACACCGGCACCGACACGAAAACAUCAGGAUCCGCCCGACUUGCUCACUUGCUUCAAAGAGUAUCAGGAUCACCUGGAGAGGUCUAACCUGUUGGACUAUGACGACCUUCUCGUGCGCUGCGUGGAGCUUCUGCGGCAGCACGCAUCCUGCGUGUCUAACGUCCAAGCGGUGCUCAUAGACGAAUACCAGGACACCAAUGGCAUUCAGUACGACCUCAUGAAGCUUUUCGCUCAGGAACGCCAACGCAUCACCGUCGUGGGCGACCCAGAUCAGAGCAUCUAUGGCUGGCGUUCAGCAGAGAUUAGGAAUCUGUAUCGCCUCUUGCGAGACUAUCCUGACACCGAUGAGGUGUCUCUGGAGGAGAAUUAUAGAUCCUCCCAGUCCAUCCUCGACAUUUCGCUCCAUGUCAUUCAGCAAGACAAGAAGCGUUAUCAGAAAGUGUUGCUGCCGGUCCAUAGCAAAGGCGCGAAACCGGUUUUACGAAAACUAAAGAGCUCUGCAGCAGAAGGCGAGUGGAUUGUGGCGGAAUUGAGGCGAGUGGUCAUGCUGUCUGGAGGCAUGCUCAAGUAUCAAGAUGUGGCGGUAUUGCUCCGAUCGGCAUCUCUGUCAAGGCACGUUGAAUCUGCGCUGGGAAAGGCGGGUGUGUCCUAUCGCAUGAUUGGCGGGCACAAAUUCUAUGACCGCAAGGAGAUCAAGAUCCUCCUGGACUAUCUCCGCGUAGUCUAUCAACCCGACAACAACGACGCAGUGGCCAGAAUCAUCAACGUUCCACGACGAGGUAUUGGCGAGUCAACAAUCAAGUCCUUGUUGGAAGAAGCCGAACAGGCGAAAAUGAGCGUAUGGUCGCUCCUGUGGAAGCACUGUCACGGGCAAAGAAAGGCCACGACCAACAUUCGACCCAAGAUGGAGCAGAAGCUGAAUACGGAGUUGUUGAAGAUUGUGUCCAGUCUGCGGCAGAAGGCUGGCAAAAUGACAGAGAGCAGUCAAUUUACACUGGUCGAUCUCAUCGAUGACCUUGUCGGACAGCUGAGCUUCAAGCGCUACCUCGAGGAGGAAUAUGAAGAGGACCACGAAGGGCGAUGGGCCAACGUUCAGGAGCUCACCAACCUUGCAGCCGAUUUUGCACGGGACGUUGGCAAAGCGGAUGAGGAUGCGCUCCCGGACAUUGAGGACGUCGAGCAGACCAAAGAAGAUGACGUCCUAGGCCGGUUCCUGGCCAACGUGGCCUUGGCAUCGGAUGCGCAGAAAAAUGAAAAGGACCAGGAUACGUCAGCCAUGGUGACGAUAUCGACAAUACACGCAGCGAAGGGCCUCGAGUGGCCUGUCGUGUUUGUGCCCUCUGUGUACACCGGGUCCAUUCCUCAUUCUCGAGCUGAAGAUUCCGACGAGGAGCGGCGAUUGCUGUAUGUCGCAAUGACGCGAGCCCAGGCACUCUUAUAUUUGAGCUGUCCAUUGUAUGGCUCACAAGGCCUGAGCAACAAGGUUGAGCUUUCGCCCUUUGUGUCUCCCUUUGCUGCAAGCUUUGCACAGAAGGGCCCAUCAUUUGACAAACCGGUGGUCGAGGCAGCAGCCGCCAUCUUGGGUAGGCUGGCACCGACACAGCAGGUCAUUUUCGACAAAAUGCCACCUAUGUUCUCACCGGAAGAUGAUAUGUUUCCCAUCGAACCUUACGAUCCGAAGAAUGCGGACGUCCUCGAAGAUGAUCAGCAGAGCCGUUAUACUCGGGCGCCGAAGAGGCAACGGACAUCCUAUUCCAAAGGGGGAAGUGAGGACGAAGCCGAAGGGGAACAAAGGCCCUGGAGACCCGACUACGCUACAACGAUGGAAAAGUCAUCCGAAUUCACCAUGUCCUCUCUGCCCGGAUUCGUCACCGCUGGGGCGCAUCAGUCAGCUUUGUCCGCCGCUAUAGCUACUGGUGCCGGUGCCCAUGACACACGGACGUUGAAGAAGCAGCAGCCGAAAACGGACACUACGCGCCGGAAACCUGAUCAGCGGAGCAUGCUUGGCUUCAUAACAUCCGAGUCCAGGAGCUCGGGUGACCCACUUGCGAAGAAGAACCCGAAUGAUUUGUCUCUGAGGCGCUACCACGCGGCCGCCGCACGACACGCGAUGAAGCCGGCACAAGUCGCGACACCUCCAACUGUGCCGAAGCCGGCUAUCGAUCCAGCGUUUGCAGGUCAUAAGCUGCCGAGUGCUGGGACGCUCGCACAGCCUCGGCCGGGAGGAAAGACAGGAGCAGAGCCACGAAAGCAAUAUGACUGCUUCUCAAGCUCGCCGCCGCGCGCAUCAACACCCGAGGAGGAAAUUACCAAACCGGCACCCAAAGGGGAGCCCGUGAGACCUGCAUCAAGCUUUCACACGACCACGUUCAUGUCAGCGAAACCGCGAGCGGGGGUGAGGCGGCCGGUGGGCAUGGGCCCGGCACCGUCCAUGGACCGAUUGCGAAAGCCGUUCAAGCCGCUGACGAUUAAUCGCCCAAAGGGCCCGAGCGGCUGA